AUGACAAACAUGGCAGACAGAGGUUGCAUUAUGUCACCAGGAUCCCCUCCUAAGUAUCACACUACAUACAAACAUUAUCAUUUGAUCACUGUCCUGAUCCUCUGCCACGCCCGGACUUUCCAGUGGUCCAACCGUGGCAGAACAGUUUAGACAGUAACCCAAGCCAGAACAAACUGAGGAGCUAAAAAUACCAACAGUCAACAAUCCGGCUGCUGUGGGACUGAGACAGCGGGCAUGGGAGGGUUAGACAGGCUGGCAGCGAGGGUAAAAGGAUAGACAGCUGGGGCAAAGAGAAGUUGUGAGAGCUAGGACAGAAAACGGAGAGAAAAUACGACUACAAACACCAACAAAACCAACAUCCAGAACAUUCCCCACCUAUCUCUGCUUGUUAUCCUCUUCUUUCAUCUUUGAUAUUUUACUCACCGCUGCCUGGAGGAAAUGAACUUUGCUCUCAGGCCUCCAUCAGCAGGCAGUUCUGGGCCUGGUGCAGGCGGAGGAGCCACCAUGGAGAACCUAGAGAAGCAGCUGAUCUGCCCAGUCUGCCUGGAGAUGUUCUCCAAACCUGUGGUCAUCCUGCCCUGCCAGCACAACCUCUGCCGCAAGUGUGCCAACGACAUCUUCCAGUCAGCUAACCCUCUGUGGCAGUCCCGCGGCUCCUCCACCAUGGCUUCCAGUGGCGCUCGCUUUCGCUGUCCUUCGUGCCGCCAGGAGGUGUUGCUGGACCGCCAUGGGGUCUACGGUCUGCAGAGGAACCUGCUGGUUGAGAACAUCAUAGACAUUUACAGGCAGCAGGAGUCCUCCAGGCUUAUGAACAUGAAGCCAGAGCAGCAGCAGCAGCUGUUGUGUGAAGAACAUGAAGAGGAGAAGAUCAAUAUCUACUGCCUGUCCUGUGAGACGCCAACCUGCUCCAUGUGCAAAGUGUUUGGAAAACACAAAGACUGUGAUGUCGCACCACUCAGCAGUGUUUACAUGAGACAGAAGACAGACCUGAGUGACAGCAUUGCAAUCCUGGUUGCUAGUAACGACCACGUCCAGGCAGUCAUCUCUCAGAUGGAAGAUAUCUGCCAGGCUGUGGAGGAGAACGGUCGGCGACAGAGAGAGCAUCUGGCCGACAGAUUUGACAACCUGGUUGCCAUCUUGGAUGAGCGGAAACGGGAGCUGGUGGGGCUCAUUACCAAACAACAGGAUGACAAACUCAAACGUGUUCGAUCUCUCAUUAGUCAGCACAGUGAUCACCUGGAGGCCGCAGUGACGCUGGUGGAGUCGGCCAUUCAGUCGAUGGAGGAGCCACACAUGUCUUUGUUUGUACAGAACGCCCAAGUCAUACUGGAAAAAAUGGCAGUGACAGCCCGGACCUCUAAUAUGGAGCGUCCAGAGCUCGGUUAUGAGAGUAUGAGUCACUUAGUCAUCGAUACUGACGACCUCGCUGCCAUGCUGAAGAACAUUGACUUCUGCUCUGGUACGCACAGAGGUGUGGGAGAUGAUGGAGAAGAAGAUCCCGAAGAAGGUGUAGAAGAGUCAGAAGUUGACUUCUUCUCCAGAUAUUAAACCCAGAACUGAGGUCCCCGCUGCAGUCCUGGAGGAAUGUAAAACAGAGACGGAAAUAGAGGUUUACCAUAAUCCUCUGGAGGAAAUCCAUGCAGUGUUCAAGAGUGAAUUCAGCCACAUGAAAACAACAAAGACAACAUGAAAAAAAAAACACUAAAUGAUUGAUUGAAUUUACACCUUUCUUUACGUUAUCCAUGUGAGUUUCCUUCUGCAGCAGACCACAUGCAAGACUUGGACAGAUUUUUGCCUCCCACAUUGUUGCCUUUUGUUUGGUAAAUAAAAAAUCCAGUGUGUUGUGUAUAAAUAUAUCUAUCUGUGUAAAGCUCACAGGAAAUGUAUACCAUGGAUUUAGCACUGUAUUCUGUGUUGUGGGAGGGUAAAAAGAUUUUGCUCAUGUGUUUCUUCAGGAUUUAAAGCCCUUAUAUAGCUUUUCUGUCACAAUACCUCCUAAAGGCGUCUGUAAAAGACUACAGUUUUAUAAUUCUUGUCAGAUGUUAUGUAAAUAAAUAAAAAAAAACUGUGUGAGGAUUAAAGUCAGUGAGAUAGA